AUCAUCCAAAAAAAGGAGCGUCUGUCGACUGCACCGGGGCAUAGCAGCUCAUUUGCAUCCGCAUAAUUUGAUACGGGCCCGGAACGAUGAACUGUUGGUUGUGGACAGAAAGGAGGAUAUAAAUACAAUUCCGAUGGUGUGUUGAAUAGACAGUCUUACUGUAGGGCCAUUCGUGCAACUCUGGCUCGGAAAGCAAAGGCAUUUUAACAAUGAAGCUGCUUAUCUUCUUUGCCCUUAUCUACUGCACAUUCGGUAGUGAAUCGCCCGGAUUCUUUAUCAAACUUUCCAAAAGUGUGCCCCGCAUUGGCAGGCGUGGCGAUUUGGAAAACUUUUUCCUCAAGCAGUCGAAAAGUGUGCCAAGAAUUGGUCGACGUGCAGGAGGAUUUCACAUGGAAGCAUCAACCCCCGACGAGAAUGGAUCGAGUUGGUUCGAGCGGUACAUGAAAACGUCCAAGCGUCCCACGGCAGGUUCCCUUACUCCGGACGAUAUGGGUAAAUCGUACAAAAAGAUUCGUCCGCUCGAUCUCAACCACAUCAUUGACAUCCUGUCGGAUGAUCUGUUCUUUGGGUCCGAUCUAAAGUUCAUCUCUUGGGAGGUACUGGAUGAAGCCCUCGAAGAAGAUCCCGAAUUGUUGCAAAAGCUUGGCUCACUCGCACGCGACAAGGAGGUGCAGCAGCUGAAAAAGAUGCUCGGUGAGCAUGGCGAUGAGUUGAUCCAGUAUGUUCCACUCGAUCGGAACGAGAUAAAUGCGGCCAGCAGCCGUGCUUACAUGUAUCGGUUGGAUAGAUCGGAUCCGAACAAGGAACGUAUCGAGUAUCAGCAGUAAACCAUCACCGGUCAAAACGAAUGUCAAAUUGGAGUGGAUAAAUCACACGAAAUGGAAUGGUUAGAAAUGCACCGGAUGGGCGUACGGAACAUUAUACUAUUUUACUGUGUGUGUGUAUGAGUGUACGUUGAAUAAAGAUACAUCGUGUUGUUCAAUGCAUAAA